UUGCCGAUUAGCGAAAACACGCAAUCCCUAACUUACAACUCGAAUGAUGGUCUUGGAUGAUACGCCCAACGAGCAUCAUCCUCUCAAGACCAACGUCCAGCAACAUGCUCAGCCCCCUAGCGUGUCGGGACCUCGCCAGCUGCGUCUACAAAGGCAGCGUGGAGCCACGUUCGUGGCCUUCGUCGGCUUCGGUCUCGCAUCGUGGAUUUUGACGAAUGUGACGUAUGUGGAGCUGGGCGUGUUCCUGCGCGAGCUACCAGAGCACUACAGUAUCUACGCGUAUAGCAUCCUGGCUCUGGAGUCAGCCAACCUCUACCCGCUUCUCUACAUGCUGUUUAACGCUCAACAGCAGCUGUUGAGUCAAUCUACUGUGAUCUGGUGGAUACUAGUACAAGGUGUGGUGGUCGCUGUGCUCAUGAGCAUGUUGUGGGGCCAGACAGCAUCAAUCUUUGGUGCCAGACACAGUGUAGCCAUGCUGGUGCUCACUCACUUUGGGGGUAUGGUGAGCACCACGUCCAGUGUGGUCUUCUACCCGUUCGUGGCUAGCUUCCCACCACUCUUUACAAGUGCGUUAGCGACUGGCGAGGGGCUAAGUGGCUCCCUCGCAGCUCUACUAGGUAUUGUACAGGAUCCAGGAGGUGAACUGAGGUUCUCCGUGUCAGUGUUCUACCUGAUUUGUGCUACCAUCAUGUGUGUAUCACUCGUGGCAUUUACGUUCUUGCAGUAUCAUCCGUGGGCACAAGAGGCGAAGACGUCGGACGAGGCGGUUGAUCUGGGUCGUGAUUUGGAUAGUGAUGAGCGAGAAGCGGAAGAAGACACGCUACUCACUCACAGCUCGUGUGGCAGCUGUCCUAGGACUGCGAGUGCAAGUACAGUGACGAUUCCGUCGCCGACAGCAUCGCAGUAUGAAGCUGUGUCAGGUGCUGAGGUUCUCCGACAGGUGUGGCAAUUGUUGGCUUGCCAAUGGAUUUUGGCUGCGUUCUCGUUCGGAUGGCUACCAUCUACCAUGCCGUAUGUGUACAAGAAAUUCUCGCCGACGGACGACGCCGAGGCGGCAACUGCACGAUUCCAGACUACUGCCAGUAUUGCUGCGCUCAUUCUUUCUCCGCUUGCAAGUGCAUCCACCACGUGGUUCCGAUUAUAUUACGUUCGGAGUAUGACUCUUGUACUGGUGAUACUGGCGGUGAGUCGAAUAUUAGAACUGAGAGCGGCUACCUGUCUCAUUAAUGCUCUCUCUCUCUCUCUACCACUACCACUUUUCAGUUGCUGUUGUUGUCAUUUUCACUCACAUCCAGGCCAACGCUGAGCAACUUUGGCCAUGGAUAUUUAUUACCACUACUUGUUCAUAUUUUCUAUCUGGUCGGGUGUGCAUACACACAAACAAUGCUUUAUCUCACUCUGAAACGGAGAGGCGAUAUCAUGCGCUCACCAGAUUUUGCUCGACGUGUGUACCAAUGGAACGGCUUGGCUACUCAAGUGGGGGCUAUGUCAGGCACGGCUGUUGCAUUCCCACUCGUCUUCUGGUGCGAGAGUUUGUUUACUACGUGAGAUAGACAUGGGUGAUGCCUCGAUUACACUCAGUUCGCUACUUGUCUGGCAUUAAUCGGAGGGCGUGAGGGUGAUUCUGCUAAGAUACUUAGUUUGAGCUUAGCACAUUCUUCCUGCCAUCGUUCUACGCUCCCAGCUUGAAAAGAAUAUUCCGUUUCCCACUUAGCGAACAGAGGUUCUGCCACUAGUCUGAAAUUUUGUAUUAGGGCUUUGUCUCCCGAAUGAGAGGGAAACGUAUCGUAUGCUCAUUUUCUUGAAGAAUGGAGAUUUACGGACAGGAAAACAGGUC